GGUACUGAAUGUGCUGAGCAAAUUAAAGAACUGGUCUUAAGUCAGUGUGAAAAGAACUGUGAGCAGAAUGUGGUUGAGCAGCUGGAUAAGCUUUUAAGUGACACCACUAAGCCUGUGGGCUUCCUACUAAGUGAAAGAUUCAUUAAUGUUCCUCCCCAGAUUGCUCUGCCUAUGCACCAGCAACUGCAGAAAGAAAUAGUGGAAGCUCAGCGUACAAACAAACCCUGUGGCAAAUGCUACUUCUACCUUCUCAUUAGCAAGACUUACACUCAUAAGAAGAAUGCUAAAAAAAGAGGAAGUGGUACCCACCAGAAAACAGAGCUAAUGUUUUCCAAUGCCGAAGAAGAAUUCUUCUAUGAG